AAACUGUGAUUAGAAGAUAAAUCCCUUCUAUAAUACGAGAAGGGUUUCUCAAAAAAUCAGAGACAAACAAAAAAAAGAACAAAGAACCUCACGAAGCCUCAUCAUCUCGGAUGGGUUAUUGGAAAUCAAAGGUUGUUCCAAGGUUUAAGAGAUUGUUUGAGAAGAGUCCAGAAAAAAAGACUGAUGUUGUUGAGGAGAAGCCACGAGAUGCUGAAGUUGUGGGGGAGGUUGUCAAAACCGAAGAACCAGCCAAGGUAGAAGAAACCAAACCGGAGGAAGUAAUUGCAACCGGGGAGAAAGAGAUAGAAAUCGUUGAAGAGAAGAAAGAAGAGGCUAAACCGGCUGAGGUUCCGGUUACAGUCCAGGCCCCCGCAGCUGCGGAGGAGGAGAAGAAGCCGGCCGUUGAAGAGGAGAAGAAGACCGCGACGGUGGAAGAGAAGAAGCCAGCCGUGGAAGAGGUGAAGAAGCCAACCGUGGAAGAAGAGAAGAAGCCAGCCGUGGAAGAGAAGAAACCUGUGGAGGAGGUGAAGAAAGAAGUGGUUGCCCCAGCGCCGGUGGUUGAGACUCCGUUGACCAAGGCUCCGGAAACUAAGGUGGUCGAAACUCCGGCCAAGGCACCGGAAACUCCGGCGGCAGAGCCACAAAAGGCUUGAAUUUUCUUCAUGGUACAUUUUUCUAAAAAAGUAUUGGUUGUCUUUGUGUGGAUAAUUUAUUUUGUUUGUUUAUUUGUUUUAUUAUCCAUGUGAAUUUACUCUAUACAUUAAUUUGCUUGCUUGAAUUAUAUGUUUUAUGAUACAAUCACUUCUUAUU